CAUGUCUAGACCAGAAAUAUUAUUUUGACCCCAGAGUCGAAGUAAGAACGAGUGCAAGAAUGUGGAUUAAAAGAUAAUUCUUAAUUAAUAUGCCCGUUGUGUUCGUGACAUACAUCACGUCCAGUCUGUAAUCGACUAUAAAAUUAAAAACGAACCAAAUGUAAAAUGCAUUCGUUUUAACUACUGACAGUGAAACAACGACACAUAAAGAAUUUGCAAUGGCAAAACUCUUGAUUGCUGCUGCCUUCAUGGCAAUUGUUGCUGCGGCUUAUGCCAGUGAUUGUUGUAACGGCGCUGAUAGGAAAACUGUACUAAGACAGUGGGAGUCCGUCUGGAAAGCCAACUAUAACAAUGCAAGAGCUAACAUUGCCAAAGACAUCUUCGCAAGAUUCUUCGCCAAGGUGCCAGAGGCCAAGCCCCUCUUCACACGAGUGAAGGUUGAAGAUCCAAAGAGCGCAGCAUUUUCUGCACAUGCAAUUAGAAUCAUAAGCGGACUUGACAUCGCACUUAAUCUCUUGUCUGACCCACAAACCCUCAAUGAAGAGCUGUCUCACCUCA